AUGGUAUUAACUUGGGAUCCACCUGCAGUUGAUCAAAGCAAUGGUAAUAUAAUAUAUUAUCGAGCAAUUUUAACACCUUUGCAGCCAGGAGAGGAAAAAAUUAUUCGAAAUAUAACAAAUGGUCGUUCAGUAAGUUACGAAGCAUCGACACGGAAAGCUUAUACUUUUAAGGUUGCAGCUGCAACACUUAAAGGUAUCGGUCCUUACUCACCAGUGCUUUCUAUCGACCCAGAUUCAGCAAGUGAGUUAUUUUUGUGA